AUGGUGGGAUCCAAUUCGCGGUGGUCGAUACGGCGGGCCGCGCUAUGGGCGACGGCGUUUGCAGCGUCGGGGGUUCUUGGCGAUGAUGUCCUGGUCACAAGCGGAUUCACCAACUGCAACAACGACAGCGACAUCAAGGUGCAAAAGGCCGACAUCAAGUACGAUAACGCCCAGAAGGUGGUCGAGUUCAACGUUGCCGGCUCGAGUGCCAAGGAGCAGAAUGUGACGGCCAUCCUUUCGGUGACAGCAUACGGCCGGGACGUGUACACAAACAAGUUCAACCCUUGUGACGCAGCAACACGCGUGGAUCAGCUAUGUCCAGUUCCGAAGGGCAGCUUCAGUGCAAAGGGCACACAGAACAUUACCGCCCAAUAUGCCAAUGCCAUACCUGCGAUUGCCUUCCAGAUCCCCGACAUCGCAGCGCUAGCGAAGUUGCAGCUCCAGGCAUUGGAUGGUGACACUGACCUCGGUUGCUUCGAAUCGCAGGUGACGAACGGCAAGACUGCCGAUGUCCCUGCCGUGCCAUACGUCGCUGCUGGUAUUGCUGGAGCCGCCUUGUUGCUCAGCGGCAUUGGAGCUAUCGGUUCUACCUUGUCUGGAGCGGGUGCCGCUUCGGGCGCAGGAGGAGCAGGCACCAUCAGCCCAAGCUUUGGUGAGGUCUUUGGUGUGUUCCAAGGCUUUGCAAUGAAUGGUAUGAUGUCGGCCAACCUGCCCCAAGUCUACCGAAGCUUCUCCAAGAACUUUGCCUUCUCGACCGGCCUCAUCCCCUUCACCCAAAUGCAAGUCACGAUCGACAACUUCCGUGCGAGCACGGGCGGCAACUUGACCAAGGACAGCGUUGAGACCCUUCAAAACACGACGCUGGUGUUCCCUGACGGCUCGACCUCCAGUACUAAUAGCAGCACGGUAGUCAAGCGUGCGUUUGACAGCUUUGUCACCCUUGCUCUUCGAGAUGUCGACGCCACAGUCAAUGCCACAUCUGGUGAUGACGCGAGUAGCGCCGAAACGACGAUCCGCACUGCCGUCUCUGGUGCCCAGGCUUACUUCGAACAGCUAUCAGUGCCUCAGUCCAACACCUUCAUGACCGUCCUUCUCAUCGUCGCCAUCGUCAUUGCCGUCAUCGUCGUGGGUAUCUUGUUGGUGAAGGUUAUCCUCGAGGCCUGGGCACUGUUCGGCAGCUUCCCCCAGAGUCUCACCGGGUUCCGUAAGCACUACUGGGGCUCCAUUGCCCGUGCCAUUACCUCCCUCAUCCUGCUGCUCUACGGCAUCUGGGUGCUGUACUGCAUAUUCCAGUUCACGCACGGAGAUUCGUGGGCCGCGCAGUUACUGGCAGGUGUCACUCUCGCCCUGUUCACGGGCGUGCUCGCCUUCUUCUCCUGGAAGAUCUGGAGCAUGGCGAGAAAGCUCAAGAACGCUGAGGGCGACCCCUCGGGCCUGUACGAGGACAAGAGCAUAUGGGUCAAGUACUCACUGUUCUACGAAUCAUACAAGAAGGACUACUGGUGGCUUUUCGUCCCCGCCAUCGUCUACAUGUUUGCAAAGGGUACCGUGCUCGCCGCCACCGACGGCAAAGGCAUGAUGCAGACUAUUGCCUUGCUGGUCGUCGAGGGUCUCAUGCUGAGUCUGCUGGUCUGGAGCCGGCCCUAUGAACGCAAGUCCGGUAAUGUCAUCAACAUUCUGAUCCAGACUGUGCGGCUACUUUCCAUGGUCUGCAUCCUUGUGUUCGUCGAAGAGCUGGGUAUUUCGCAGACCACGCAGACGGUGACCGGUGUGGUUCUCAUCGCACUGCAGUCAGCGCUCGCUGGUCUCCUCGGAAUACUUAUCGCCUGGAACGCCAUCGUCGCGUGCUGCAAGCAAAACCCGCACCGCAAGCGCAGAAAGGAAAUGGAAAAGAUGCAGCGAGACAUGGACACCCUGACACCUCUCGACGCACGCAACUCCCUCCUCAUGAUGGAGCGUACCAAGUCCAACGAGUCGACCUUCUCCAUGGCCAAGAUCAACACCAACGUCAAUGCGAAGGAGCAGCCCUUCUCGAGCACCACGGCGCGCCGCGAUUCCUCGGAGGACCGCUACCUCGGCGCCGAGCCCGUGAACCCGUACUCGACCCUCAGCGCCGCGUCGUCGUACAACCGCCCGCUCACGCCCAUUGUCGUCGACCAGAGCCGUCAGGGGCUCAUCUCCGGCGCCGCGCCCAUCAAUCACCAGCAGCCCACGCUGCCUCAUAUGGGUGGCGGCUUUGGCGGCGGUUAUGGACAGGGUCAGGGCGGCUACGCGCCGUAUCGGGCGCCUGACACUACUAACACAACCAACGAACCCAUCAUCGGCAUCGGCAUCAACGUCGAAGUCACCAUCAGCAUUACCUACAUGACACCUCCACUUCGAGGUCCUGCAUCAUCACCAUCAGGGGAGUCCUCGGACACCACGGGCGACACACCCGCCACGCAUCUACGUAUCCACGUAUUCUACUUAUCUAUCGACAUCUUCCACAUCUACCUACCUUGA